GAUCUGGGAAUCUCCCCUCCUCCUGGCUGCAAAAGAAAAUGAUCUCUCAGCCAUCCAGAAGCUGAUAGAGAGCCAUUCCUGUGACCUUCAUGAACGAGGUGCUGUUGGGGAGACAGCUCUUCAUGUAGCUGCCUUACAUAAUAACUUAGAAGCUGCUCAGCUGUUGAUCAAUGCAGCUCCAGAACUUGUGAAUGAACCUGUGACCUCUGAGCUGUAUGCUGGGGAGACAGCACUUCACAUAGCUGUGGUAAACAAAAACCUGGGCCUGGUGAAAGCUUUGCUUGUAAAGGGAGCAGACAUAAAUGGCCCUCGUGCUACUGGAUAUGUUUUCAAGAGAAGAAAUGACAGUCUUUUCUAUUUUGGGGAACACAUUUUAUCGUUUGCAGCAUGUGCUGGGAGUGAAACCAUUGUCCAGUUGCUGAUUGAAAAUGGUGCUAAGAUCCGAGUGCAGGAUUCACUAGGUAAUUCAAUCUUCCACAUCUUAACUCUCCAGCCCAACAAGGUAUCUGCUUGUCAAAUAUACGAUCUUCUUUUUUGCUAUGACAAGAAAGAGAAGGGUCUGGGAGACCCGGAUGCAGUCUUCAACUAUGAGGGACUCACCCCAUUUAAGCUGGCUGGGGCAGAGGGCAACACUGUGAUGUUCAGCCACCUAAUGCAAAGAAGAAAACACAUCCUAUGGACUUUUGGGUCUUUGACGUCUACCUUGUAUGACCUUACAGAAAUUGAUUCAUGGGGUGAUGAUCAAUCUCUUCUGGAACUUAUUGUCACCACAAAAAAAAGAGAGGCCCGAAGAAUCCUCGACCUUACUCCUGUGAAUGAGCUGGUUAGCCUGAAGUGGAAUAAAUAUGGACGGCCAUAUUUUUGUAUUCUGGCCUUAUUCUAUGUCCUGUACAUGAUUUGCUUCACAAUGUGUUGUGUCUAUCGACCGCUGAAAGAGCGAAGCUUCAACAAGACAAAUGAAAGAGAUAACACAAUCUAUGUUCAGAAACAUUUGCAGGAGUCUUAUAUUACUUCUGAAGAUAAUCACAGACUUGUUGGUGAGUUGAUCACUGUUGUUGGAGCCAUUGUGAUAUUGAUUUUGGAGAUUCCAGAUAUCUUCAGAUUUGGAAUUACCAAAUACUUUGGGCAAACUAUCCUCGGAGGACCUUUCCAUGCCAUCAUUAUUGUGUAUGCCUGUAUGAUUCUGCUGACCAUGGUGAUGCGUCUCACCAGUACCAAUGGCGAAGUUGUACCAAUGUCUCUGGCUCUGGUGCUUGGUUGGUGCAAUAUUAUGUACUUUGCACGAGGAUUUCAGAUGCUUGGUCCCUUUACCAUCAUGAUACAAAAAAUGAUAUUUGGAGACCUCCUCCGUUUCUGCUGGCUUAUGGCGGUGGUCAUCCUUGGGUUUGCAUCUGGUUGUUUCCACUACCAUUAUGUUAGAGCGCAAACUCCCACAGUGUCUCUGGCCUCGCUUAGGCAUCUGUGGAAAGGAAUAUGGCCUAGGUAACCAGAGAUAUUUGAGGGUUGAAGAUCAUUGUGAAAUAAGGCAGAUGCCUGUUAAAACAAAUGGGCCUUACCGGAGAGAUGCCUUUGAGAAAUACCUGCAGAGGAAACACAGAGAAGAUGUAGCAGCUGAUGGAAAAGAUGGUCGACCAAUUUUGACAAAAGAGCAAAAGUGCGUUGGUGCUCCUUCAAAUGCAGCAAACACUAAUAGUCACUGGAACAUCUUACGGCAGAAUACGCUUGUCCACAAGCAGGGAUAUACCAAUCAUGCCAUGGAAGAUGAGGAGGAGGAGGAGGUUUAUCAUGUGUGAAUGCAUAGGCCCAGGUGCCUCGGUGGAAAGUAAGAUAAACUGGUAUAAAGAAAUAAACAUUUAACAAAGCAACAUCUCCAUUCAAAAGUGUACAUAACAGACAUCAAAGACAGCUUCAGCAUUCUUGUAACACUGCACGCAGUGCUUCUGAGACAGAUGUAUAGAAUAUAUCUUCAUGCUUCUCAGAACAACUGGUCAACGGAAUGAUGGUAUACAGUUGUUCCCACCAGCUGAAACUCACUCAUACUUAGAAGCAAGACAGUGUAAUAUAGUGGUUAAAAGAGCUAGAUUAGGACCAGGGAGUCCAACAAUCAAGACCAAUCUCAGCUACAGGUUGAUGUUAGGCUAGUCUCUCUGCUCUUUGUCAGUCUACCUCAUAUGGUUGCCAUUGUGAGGAUCAAGGGCGAUCCUCAUAUAGGCUAACUUGAGUUCUUGGAAGAAAGCUGAGCUAAAUCUAGCACAUAAUAUUGUACAUGAAAGUCAAACACUAAUAAAGAUGAAUGCCAGUGGGGAUGUUCAGUGUUAAAUAUUUGCAUUCCAAGGAACAAGUAAACUCCACUUAAAGAUUCCAAAUGCAUGGCUGUGAAUUUAAAAAUGGGAAAUUGAUCUGUGUAAGGUACAUUUUAACAUAUACUAGACAACCCAUUGGGUCAUUGUUUCAGAGAUAUUGCCUUACCUAAAAAGAAUGAUCAAGGACGAAAAAGCAUUAGGAGUAAGAGUGCCUUUUAGUUGCCUCCUAUCUUCUUUGUGGCUGACUGCCCUCUGGCAGCUGAUGAUGAGACUGUUCUACACAGCCUAUGGAGGGCUAGAGUGGUACUAGUCUACCUGAUCUCCAGGGGUCAAAGGCAAGGCCAGUCUACCCAGCUUCCAGAGGGCUAGAGCAGGACCAGUCUACUAAACCUCUGGGCAGUGGUGUGGCAGUACUGAAAGGACCAUUAAUUUCAGGCCCACAGGAAUCCUGGACUUUGGACGCAUUCUGCAAGUUAGCCUUUUGAGGUAACUUGGUUCAAAAGUCGUUCUAUGAGGCACUGUUUUGCCUCAUUAAAAGACCCAGACAUAAGAGUUUUAUAAUAUAUAGAUUCAUAUGGAAAAUUAUGAAUAGCAUUUUAGUAGACAAUUAAAAAGAUUGCUGGAUCAGGACAUAUUUGGUGUGUGUUUUGUAUUAUGUAUUAUGUAUAGCAAAACAUGUAUUACCGUAAUUGAACAAAUGAGGCAGGUACUGUCUGUUGUUCACAACACUACAUUAAAUAUGCCAGUGCAUGGUGUCUUCAAUUUAUGAGCCUGGAAUUACGGUUAUAAAUCAUGUCACAUGACCUUAUCUGAUUUUACAAAUUUUUUGGAAAUAGUCACAAACAUAAACAUGGUUAUUAAGUGAAUGCAGUGGUCGUAAAGCAAAUCCCUUAUCCCCAGUGGUGUAUAUUUGGAAAUGGGAAGUAAACAUUUAUUUACAGCAAAAAAAUAAAUAAAUAAAUUUUAGUCACAUGAAAAUAUUCAUAAAUGCAGUCUGUUGUUGAGUGCUCGAAAUAUAAUCACAUGACCACAUGUGCAGGCCAUGAGAACGUAGAAGCCAGGUUGUAAGUAGGUCUGUUGUAAUUUUGAAUAGUCGCUAAGCAACUGAUCAUAAGUCAAGAAUCUCCUCUAUAUUAUCACAACAAUUUACUUAAUUUGCCUUAUGAAAUCAUGAAACAAAUGGUAUACAUUGAGGCAACUGAUAUUAUUUGUGCAACAAAUAUGUGACAAAUUUGUAUGACAAAUUUAAGUCACCACAGAGAUUUGGUUUGUUACAGGCAAAUUUAAUAUACUGAGAUCUGUUCAAUCAACGUUCUGUGCUACUGGAUUAUAGUGCUUGUUACAUUACUUUGCAUUUUCUUUAUCUCAGUUUUCUUUCCUUCUUUAUUAUCAUUACUAUCAAAGCAUGUUUCCACAAUUGGUUUGUGUCCAUGAGCCUCUCUAACUCAAAUUCUCUGGCAGUAAUGAUUGUGAAACACUUGGAGCUCUCCACGUUUGAGUGGAAACUCCAAAAAUUUUCCAAGCAUGGUCAUGAUUCUGGAUCAGCAUUGAAAAGC